GUGCUUCCACACUGUCCGGUGCACUAGUCUGGCUGUGGGAAGUGAGCAGGCACACAGUGAACAGGGAGGAUGUGGAGGCCUCCCAGUCCCACAACAACACAUCCACCGCGCACCCGGGGCGAUUAGGCCAGGCCGGCCCGGGCUAUGGCCGCUGCACCCGUCGCGCAUUUCGACGACGACGACGACGACAGGCCGGACCAAGGUCUGCACCACGUCCUGAACAUGGUUUCAGAGGACGCGCUGCUGCAGCAGAAAGGCCGAUCCGCCGAGCCGCAGCUCCUCCUGGAUGAUGAUGAUGAUGAUGGUGGUGGUGGUGAGGAUGGUGAUGAUGGUGAGGAUCGCCCCGAGCUGCGGCACGGCGGAGGUUUCAGGUCCACGGAGGACCUGGUGACCGAUUUUGACCAGAAGUUGUCUGCGUGCUUCCAAAGUGUUGACGCUAGGACGGACAGCAUCGCUCCCGUGAGUGUGAUCGCCGAGGACACGCUGCUGGAGAAAGACGAAAUCUGGAGCGCUUUAACCAGUAACUAUGGGCGCGUGAUGCCGGUGGACUGGAAGCAGACGCGAACGUGCUCUACCAGUCCUUCGCGUUUUUCCCUUCAUAUCCGGCCCAGAAAGACUGAUGUCACGGCCGAGCUGUCGGAUGACGAGGAGCUGAGGGAGCAGCUGGACAUGCACACCAUCAUCGUCUCCAGCCUGGCAGAGGAGCCCCUGUUCACGGCGGAGCAGGUUAUUGAAGAGAUAGAGGAAAUGAUGCAGGACUCCCCGGACAUGGAGACCGAGCACAAUCCAUCGCAGUCGGACCUGUCUAUGCUUUCCGUGGAGGUCCAGCGGUUCUGCGGCGACCCCGUCUACGAGGAGCAGGUGAGGACGAUGACCGUCGCGGAGCUGAACGAGCGCCUGGAGGAGGCCGAGGCCAACAUCAGCAGGCUUUCAGAGGAGCUGGUGCAGCAGCUGGCUCUCAGGGACGAGCUGGACUUUGAGAAAGAGGUGAAGAACAGCUUCAUCUCGGCGCUCAUCGACGUUCAGAACCGGCAGAAGGAGCACCGGGAGUCGCUGAAGAAGAAGAGGAAGCUUAAAGGCGGAGCCGGGACGUCUCAGGGCCCCACGGAGAAAUCAUUCGGAUCACGCUUCAGCAUAGACGGACUCUCCUCUGUUAUUCAGAACAGCUUCAGACAAACAUUUGGGGGCGGAUGCAGUGAAAACCAGUACGUGACCACAGUCAUCCCUUACGAGAAGAAAGGACACCCUCCCUCUAUUGAAGACCUCCAGAUCCUGACCAAGAUUCUGCACGCUAUGAAAGACGACAGCGACAAAGUGCCCAGUCUCUUAACAGACUACAUUCUCAAAGCUCUGGUGCGAGCAGGGCCACGGACAGAGAGGUUUGUGACACACGACGCGCACUGUUGUGGUGUUGUUGUUGCUCCAAACUGGAGAGCGCCCCCUCUGUGUCACCGAAAUCUAGCGCAGUCUGUCCCCUCCUCACCUUUCUCCCCCGUCUCCUGCACAGCCAGCGGUGUGACUGCCGCUUGUUCGUGUCCAGACUCACAGUGACUCACACUGCCACACACACAGAGUCCUGAUUACCCUGCACUUAACAUCUGAGACGCUGCUUUGGGAUUAUUAGCUAUGGAACGCUUCGUUUCACCCAAACUGCGUCUGACGUAGGUUUGAUGUGUUUUUUCUUUUUUUUUUCAGCAUUAACUGAUGUGCUCACGUUUAGAUGUUUUCCUUUUGUUUUUUUCCUCUUGUACCUUGUGUAAGUUGGUUUCACACGAACUCAGCCACAGUUCAAAUCCAUCUCUGCUGUUAUUCACAGUGCUUUGUCCAACGUAGACCAGAGGUGACGGUGCCUGACGCCCUCCGGAGGUCUGCGUAAAGUUUACCGUGAUGGCGAGACGACAAGGCUCACUGUAUUUUUAAGCCGAACAUGAAGCACACUUAAUUUAUUCCUGGAUGUUUUUACCUUUUUUUGUGUUUGUAUUUAUUUAUUUAUUUAUUUCUCUGUGUGGGAGGUUGUGGUUUACAAGCCUUGCGUGUUGACUUUUUUUUUUUUUUUUCUGUGUUACUAAUUCUCUUGCACUGUGACAGUCUGUUCUAAAAAUGUUAAAUUAUAUGAGAAAAAUGCCCAGGUGGAUAAUCUGAGCUUUGCUUUUUUCUGGUAUUAAAUUAGAGCGGUGCUGCGCUGCAAAGGGCUUCGGAUUCAUAUCAAGUUCUGAACUAAAAACUUAUCACAGUUUGUUGCAGUAAUAGAGAAUUGGGAAAGUUUUUGAAGUCUGUAAAUCAUAAAGAGAAGAGUAUUGAGAUUAAAAAAAAAAAGAUGUUUGAUUCCCUGGUAGAAAGUAUUGCAGCAGCACAUCAGGCAGGACACGGAUACAUGCAGUAACUACAUAAGAAUAACAAAUAAAUCACUUAGUUACCUUAAACCAACAUGCAUAAACAUGAUGUACAUGCAAAAAACCAUCAUAUGAUUAUCAGCUUUCCAGCUGCAGACAACGUAUACAACUGCCUUUAUCUCAGCAGCGCAUAUCAUCAUUAUCUUUAUUGUUUCAUGGAAGAUGAUGUGUUGACGGCGAAGGUGACACAGUCUCGGCUGAUGUGAACUAACUAUGCAUUUAAGUGAAAACUGAAUCGUGACCCAUGCACUGUCUGUACUUUCGGGACGUUGACUGGAGCUCUGAGCCAGAGCCCGGCGCGUCGACGUGCCUGCUGCGCCACCACCGGGCAUCAGUAUUCUGUAUGUACUCCUUAAUACAAGCUGCCUUCGCUUGAACUUUUGUACGUCACAGAUUACUUAUUUUGGAUGAAUGUCAUAUCUCUGGACCACUUUCAGAACCUGCUUCACUGUUGAAUUGUUUUGUAAAUACUGUAUUUGAAAAAAUGUUCAUAACA